UGUGCCUACAAUGUUUUUUCAGUGUACCAGUAUUAUAUAGAAUACCAUAGACACGAGCAAAUACAAAAGUGUAUAUUGCAGCAUAAUGUUUAAAAUAAAGCUGUUUAAAAUUUGACAAAAACAAAAUAAAAGUUGUGUUGCUGUUGCUAUAGUAACCAUCACUGAAAGUCACAACAGAACAGUUUACUAACAGUAGUAGGCCUACACAGAGUUAGAGUAAAAAUGAUCAUUAUUUGGGAAUUACGUCGUCAUUCUUUUAAUUAGGUCGAAAUAAAACGAAUGUGAUCAUUUGCCAUGUCAUAUCGAGAUUUGAGAAAUUUCACCGAGAUGAUGAGAGCACUUGGCUACAAUCGGCUCAUCUCCAUGGAGAACUUCCGCACUCCCAACUUUCCUUUGGUGGCAGAGGUUCUGUUAUGGUUGACACGCAGAUUUGAGCCAAACGCAGAUAUCCACACAGACUUUACCACAGAACAGGACCGUGUGAUGUUGGUGCGAUCUGUUGCUCAGUUUAUGGCAAUCAAUGCCAACAUAAAGCUAAAUACCAAGUGGUUGUACCAAGCAGAUGGAUAUGCAGUGAAGGAACUGCUCAAAAUAUCCAGCCUGCUGUAUGAUGCACUCAAAAUUAACAGGAGUGUUCCUGAACAACAGGAUAUCAUGACUUCAUCUGCUCUUGACAUCUCUUCCAGGUUGGCAGACCUGAAGCUGACGAGAGAGUUGGCAUCGAGGAUUACAGCCAAGGGAGCUUCACUCUAUCAACUGCUUGGUAAAGAGGCUCAACUUAGAGAAGAGCGCUUAGCAAGUGUAAGUGCUCAGCUGGAGUUGUCGGCCGUGGAAGAGGGACUCAAGGAGGCGGUGGAAGGAGCUAAGAGCAGUGUGGCCACUACAAAAACUGCAAUAGAGAACAUCUCUGCCACUGAGAGCAGUUUAGAUAACAAGAUAGAGAAACGGCAGCAGGAUUUGGAGCGAAACAAUAAGAGACUUCAAACAUUGAGGAAGGUCAGACCAGCUUUCUUGGAAGAGUUUGAACGGUUAGAGGUAGAUCUGCGGAGAUUGUACCAGGACUACAUUGCACGAUUCCGCUGCGUUGCUUAUCUUGAACAACAGCUGGAGGAUGCAGAGCUUGCAGAACAUGAGAGAAUUGAGAUGAGACAGGCAGAAACACGAAAAAUGCUAGAGAAGAUGCGACAGGAAGAAGCCUUGAAGUUGCUGGAUGAUGCUUUUGAGCCAAGUUCCCUGUAUGAUCCGCAAACACCUUCCUCUUUACAAACCAGACUGGAGCCAUCAGCCAAACCCUCUAGUGUGGCCAAAGUGUCAAGGGUGAGGACAUCUACUGGAACUACAGGAGCUCGAAGAGUGUACGGCGGAAUGAAUGUAGAUGAAGAUGAUAGUCUUGAUGAUGAUGAUUCUGAUCUGCUUCUUGAUGAUGAUGACAACUCCCAACUUUUAGCCAGUGAAGAUGAUUUAGAGCUACUUGAUCCCUCUGUCAUCAAAGCGAGCGAGCAGAGCGAUGAUGACUUUUAGGAUAAACUAUGAGAAGUCAUAUUUUAUUAAUCCUUUAGUUAUAAAAUAUAUAAAUAAUUUCUGUUAAUUAUUAUGUUGUCAAUAAAAAUAUUACACAAAUAACUUGUCAUUUAAAAAAAAGGAUAAAUAUGAACUAAAUUUGAGUGUUUGGAAAAUGUUUGUUUUCAUCUGCAGAGAUGACCUGUAAUGGUGGAAUGAUGUCAUGUUGGUGGGAUUAGAAGUCGCAGAAUAUUCUAUUAAGCUCAUCUUCUGUGUGAUAGAGUACAGGCAUGCUUAUCCAUCAGUUACAUGUUAGCUGAUAUUAUUAUCUAUUUUUAUAUUCUGGCAUGGAGUGAAUAAAAAAUUGAGCCUUUUAUAAAGUCCAAACAAUCUGUUGAUUAGAAUAAUGUUGGACUAUAUUACACAAUACUAUUUGGUCUAUAUUAUUUGUACUUACACAAUAUAAUAUAGGGUAGAGUUUGAAAUGUGCCACCAUUGUGAUCUGGUAAACAAUAAAUCUGACAACAAACUUUAAAUGGAAGAUCUUCCCUUAUUUUUGAAUAGGUUUGAUAAUACGGAGAUACAAUAUAUAAAUGGCCACCAUUUUAAAAUAUGGUGAUCAAUUUCAUUUUUUCGUAUAGUAUACCUUACAUUUUAUGGUAAUUUUGGAUAGAAAACAAGUCUAGAAUGUUUUAAUACUUGGGUCAUGUUUGAUAAUGUUAGGUAAAUGUUUUGUAAUUAUGCAUCUGUUGAAAUCUCAUAAAUCAUACGUCUGACGGAAAUUUUAAAUGAGAACCUACACUUGUUUUUUGAAAAGUUUAAAAGUAUGCUUAAAUACUUUUAAGCAACGACCCCAAUACACUUCAAUUAAAACAGCAAUUUCUGGCUGCUCAAAAUGCCUACCACGCAAGUGGUAGGGAGGAGCAUAAAAGAUAUGCCUCAAAAUUAAAAAAAGAAUAUGACUUACAACUUAGAGAGCUGAGGAAACAGACAAAUGCUAGAAGUUGUCUUGGAAGCGGACAACAAAUCUAAAGCCAUUUGGAAUGUAAUAAACACUGAACGCAAGACAGCUGAGGAAGCUAACUCGCUAACAAGACUCAAAAUUAACGGAGAAGAAACUACAAACCCCAAAGAAAUUGCAGACCACUUCAAUCAGUAUUUUACAUCUAUCGCAGAAGAAACUAUAAAAAGUAGCGGAAUUUCACGAAAACAAAUAACCCAGCCAAUAUUUAACAGAAAUGUGCCGCAUUUAAUCCUAACAGAAACAAACUGGGAUGAAAUGAUUAACACCAUAAGGUCAUUGAAGACAAAGAACUCAGCCGGAUAUGAUGACAUUUCAUAAAAACUUUUGAAGUUGUGUGAGAAUGAACUGAGCAACCCUCUGGUAGAUAUUGUCAACAAGUCAUUUAGAACAGGAGUCUUUCCUUCUGCCCUAAAAAUGACCAAAGUGUACCCAAAAUUCAAAAAAGGAACAACAACUGAAGCAGCUAAUUACCGCCCCAUUUCUCUUAUUCCAACCUUUUCAAAAAUAAUAGAAAAAAUAGUUUUAACACGACUUUUUGAUCACCUCAACACAUUUCAACUUUUAACACCCAAUCAACAUGGCUUUCUCACAGGAAAAUCCACAACUACCGCCCUCAUUAAUCUGGUUGAGUUCCUACUUGACCAAACUGAAGAAGGAAACACCGCUACAGCAAUACUACUGGACUACAGCAGAGCCUUUGACUGCCUGGAUCAUGAACAUCUUCGUACAAAGCUUACUACCCUUGGAA